AUGUGUGAAAAAGUGAUUCCUAAAAUUGGUAAAAUACACUUUGAAUUCGAAAUACUUAGAAUUAGUUAAUGGUGUGAAAUUGGAAUAGGAUUUAGAGAAAUGAUUAAAUAAAAUGGAUAUAAAGGUGAUGGUUAAGGUAAAGGGUAUUAAAUAUAAUUAAUUAUAAUCUAGAUCAUAUUUAUUAAAAGAAUCAAGUGAUACAUAUUUCCAUCAUUCAAAUAAAACUCUAGGAUAACCUUUUAAAUUUUAAGUAAAUGAUAUAAUAAUAAUGGAAGUGAGUGUAGAACAUAAAUAUAUAAAAUGGACUAAAUAAAACUCAUAAGAUUUUUUAGUAAAUAUUGUUAUAUAUAUAUUUUUAUAUAGAUCACAGAAAUAGAUACAUCUUAAGAUUUAUAUCCAUGUGUUUAUAUUUGUAAUUCUAAAGUGAAAAUUAAAGAUAUAUCAUCAUGA